CCUCUGGAAUCAACCCAAAUAUCACCGAGCCCUGACUCUCGAAGCUCAAUCAAAGCAAAAUAACUCUUACUCCAUUGUUUGGUCCUCCUGAGCCAAACUCCAAUAUCAGCACUAGCACAUAGGGAAACUGUCCAUGUGGCAGAACGUCUAAACCCCCCAUUGUUGGGCUUUUGUCUCGACGCUCUCGCGAUACCGCCGCUCUCUGUGCCGCUCAUAUAUAUCUGCCAGUCCAAAUUUUUCCACUCUUAGACAGUGUGAGUAGUUUGGAACAACUAAGAGUGGAAAAUGUCUCAGUACUCAGGAAAGAUUGUGUUCUAUGAGGGGAAGUGCUUCACUGGGAGGAAGCUGGAGAUCUGCAGCGACUGUGACAACUUCCAGGACAGAGGCUUCCUGAACAGGGUCAACUCUGUCCGUGUGGAGAGCGGCGCCUUCGUGUGCUUCGACCACCCAGACUUUAAGGGCCAGCAGUAUAUUCUGGAGCACGGAGAGUACCCUGAAUUCCAGCGCUGGAAUGCCCAUAACGAUCACAUGGGCUCCUGCAGGCCAAUCAGAAUGCACGGGGAACACUACAGGAUGGAGCUGUUCGAGGGAGACAACUUCAGCGGCCAGUGCGUGGAGCUGUGCGACGACUGCCCCUUCCUGCAGGCCCGGGGCCUGACCAAGAACUGCGUCAACUCCGUGAAGGUCUACGGCGACGGAGCCUGGGUGAUGUACGAAGAGCCCAACUACCGCGGCCGCAUGUACGUGGUGGAGCGAGGAAACUACUGCAGCCACAAGGAGUGGCAGGCCGAGAACGCCACCAUCCAGUCCAUCCGCAGGGUGGCCAACUACUUUUAGAGCUGUCUGGCACACACACACACACACACACACGCACGCACGCACACAC